CUUUAAAAUAUUCAGAUGCAGAGUUCUGAUCCAUGUUGGAUUAUUUAUGUAUUGCAUGCAACAGUAAAACAUACAGAUACAUACAGACUUCCAUUCAUCCAAGUUUUUAAACAGUUCUUCCUGGUCUGGGUCGUGGAGGUUCUGCAUCCCAGGAAUCAUUGGGCUCAUGGCAGGAAUACGCCCUGGACUGGGCAUGCUUCCAUCACUGAUUACCACAUACACAACCCAUACACUCACACAAUUACACCUAGGGGGCAGUUUAGCAAGGCCUGUUCAGGUAACAUGUGUAUUUUAAGACUGGGUGCCUUCCUGCCUCAAAAAAAAAAAAAAAAAUCUUGUCUGAUUAUACAGCAUGUCUUAUGAUUCACACAGCCAUUGACUGCAAAGGAUUUGCAGCAAAGUGUUGAAUUCUUUAUCUUUAUAUUUCCUAUUAUGUUAGUUUGUUCAGAUACAUUUGAUUAAACUUGUGCUACAUUUAUCUUCUUAACGUGAGGUGUAAGAGUAGAUGUGACGUCAGUGUGUGUGAGGCUCAUCAGGUGCACGUGAAUAUCCCCCUGUGCCGGCUAACGAGAUUCCCCUUUCCUUAAGUUCCUUACAGCCUUAAUCGGUGGUACAGCAGAGCACUGAGAGAGCCGAACAGACGGAAUGACCAGAGUGGACACCGCUGAGGAAGUGAAGAACAGAGUGUCUUUAACUUACAGGUGGUCUGAGAGGCUGCAGAUGGGCUUGUGUGACUGUGUCAGUCCAGAUGAGCACUUGUGGAUGAAGCUGUGAAGACACCUUUGUACAGAUGUCACCCUCUGACUCAUCCCUAUGGGUCACUGUCUGACUGUCUGUCCGCUGACCUGUUGUCUGUCUGCUGAUUGACCUGCCACCAUUGCACGAACAGCUAAUUCACUGUCUGAGUCACACACACUUACACAAACACACAAACACACACACAUGCACAUGGGCUUCUAACUCAACGUGAGAAUGAGGCAACACUUUCACAACUGCACAUUCAUUCACUUUCACAGAUAGCAGGGCAGGCCUACACAAACCACACGCACACAUACAUACAUUCACACACUCACACACACACCCUCCUCUCCAGCCCCAGCAUGGAUACCAUGGUUCAGAAGUCACUGGUUGCCCCCAUCAAGAAACUGACGAGUUGUGUGACCGGAUCUGCAGAGCAGGACAUCUGGACCAAGCACAAGCCCAGGCAGGGGUCAAAGUGCAGGAGUUUUGCGCCCCGUUCGGGUCAAACAAACAACGCCUCCCUGCUCCGAGCCUACCAGGCCGACCUGGACAGAGAGAGGAAGCUACGUGAGGCUAGAAAUGCUCAAAAGAAUGCAGAGAGAGCAGCCAUGAGGGCCCACUUCAGGAGGAAAUAUCAACUCACUCAGAAUGCCAAGGACAGCAGCCAUCUGCAGGCAGUGGGCAGUAAAAUGGUUCUCCCCCAUGACCUGGCCAAGAUGGUGCGGUCCGACGGCCAGGCGAAGGAUGAGAGCUCUACUCUGCUGAGUGCAUUUCAGAACAUGAGCUUUGAUAUGGGACUGAUCUCGGGCAACAAGCAAAAGAAAACACACACCAGCUCGUCUGAUUACGCAGAACAGUGCAAAGUCAUGUGACAGACUGGAACAUGACUACAAACGAAAAACUACAAAUUAGAAAUAUGAUUACAGGGGUAAGAAUAUGUGUAUGCAGCUGUUCUUGAGUGCAUGGUGCUGAUUUGGAGGACUCAUUCACACAAAGCAUGUCACAUUUUACGUACUACACACUACAGGCCAAAGGUCUGAAAGCUAAAGAUUGAAAUUGUUGUUUUUAAAAGAUAUCAGUAAUGUCUUUAAAUUCUGAGUUUGUCUGUGUAAAGCUAAUUAAUUCUCAAUUUGUUUUCUCCCGUAAAGGUUUGUUGCAGCUCUAGUCAACAAACACAUUGUGUCAAACUCAAUUUUUCUUAAUUGUAAUGUACAAUCUCAAUUCCAAAUAAGUCGGCACACUGUGUAAAAUGUAAAUAAAUGUAAAUAAAAACAGAAUGCAAUGGUUUUCAUAGACCCAUAUUGCAUUUCGUCGCUCUCCUAUGAAAAACACCUAUUUCCGUUUUUGGCGAUUUUUAGUUUACUACAAAAUUUGAAUAGAUAAACUGUUUCUUACACUGUGCCAAAAUUUCUUGAUGAACGGACCAAUAGAAACUCUUCAAAAUUACCUAAAAUAAACUCUUUUUACAUUGACUUCUAAUGAAAGUUUACAAGGUUUUUUCUCUCUCCUGUAAAGUUGCUGUUUUUGGAGAUAAGUGUUUUUCAUUGGACAGCAACGAUUUACAAAAAAACAUAAAACACAUAUCCUGUGUUGAAAGUGAGACAUUUUACCUUGUCAUUAAAAAAUUAACUCAUUCAGAAAAUGUUGGGGUGGGGCAACAAAAGGCUGGAAAACUAACAGAAUGUUCAACUAACUCACAUAAAUGGGUAUGAAAGGAGCAUUUUAAAUAGUCAGAAUCAAAGAAGAAGCAAAGACAAUCAAAUGUUUGCCAAUCUGUGAACAAACUGUUGAACAAUUUAAGAAAGGAUUUUGGAUAUCCCACCAUCACUGUAUUAAACACAAGCAUGAUACUGAUACUGUAAAACCAUUGUUGGCCAACUUUUUGAGUUGUGUUGCUGCCAUUAAGUUUUAAGUAAGUUACUGUUUUUUUCACAAGAUGGUAAAAUAUCUCACUUUCAACGUUAAUAUGUGCUUUAUGUUCUAUUUUCAGUAAGAUGUGUGUCUAUGAGAUUGGAAAUCAAAGAUUGGAAGUUAAAUUUGGAAUUGGGAUUGUAUUUUAACAUUAAAAAUUAUGUUUGGCGAAUGCGUCCAUUCUUUUGGUCUUAUUUAAAGGAUAGCAUGAAAAUACCUAAAAUUAUAUCUGUAAUUAUGUUUGUUUUGUACAGUAUUUAUAGCAAUUUACAUAUCUACACACACACACAAACAAAUAGAUGCCUUUAAAUGUUUUUGUCCUGUAUACCUCACGGUCUGAAUGUCACAAACAUGCAUAUCAUCAUAAGGACAUCAGUUGACUUUUCCUUCAUUUCAUUUUUUGUAAUACGUUUCAUUGUUAUUUAUUUAUUUAUUUAUUUGUUGAGUAAUACAUUCAUGUACUUGUUUUUUAUAUAUAUUCAGAUUCUGGUUUAAAAAGGAAAUCUCGCUGUUGUUAACAGUGUUGUAGUUUGUGAGAUUGUGAGUGUGUCAGAGCUCAGAGGUGACCACAAUACUUAGUUUAAAGUGUGUAUUAUGUUUUACUUCAUGUAGAUGCUAAAUAUUCUUACAAAUGACAUUAAAAACUGUAAAAAA